AUGAGCUGCGAGCACCAGCAGCUGGUCUCUAAGGUGUCGGACUGCACCGAUGUCAGCGGUGACAUCAUCAAGGACGACUGCUUCGCGAAGGGAACCAGUGCGGGCAUUUCCUGCAUGUGGACUGCCUACACACGGAAGGAUGGCAGCCGGAAAAGCAUCUGCGGGCCGUGCAAGGUCGACGGCUUCGGCGUGGUCGGCCGCUCUGCGCCGGGAACUUUUGGUCCCGAGCCUGGCAGCCUUGUCGAAUCGAGCUUCUCCCAGUGCGACGAGCAGCAACUGGAAGCAGCCAAGCCUUGCAUCGAUCCGAAGGAUUGCCCCAAGGCCGUGCCCGAUGUGCCACCAAAGGAGGGUGACGAGCCAGUCGUGAUGACCGACUUGACUCGCUUGGGUCUCAACACCACCGUGGAUGCGCCGGCCUACUAUGCAGCGCCCGUGUCUCCACCCUAUGGAAAGCAGGAGUUCGUGGACGCCGCCAAGAAGGCUGCCAAGGCGGCGGGCUGGAAAACCGAGGUCAGCGACGUUGCCUCCGUGGACGUAGCCUUUGUAGAGCCCGGGGAGGGUCCAAAGAUUCCUGCCGGCAUCAAGUCCAAAAAGGUGUCGCCUCUGCCGGGUUUGCUCUUCCCGGUCCCUGGCUUCCGGCAGUCCCCCGGAAACAGCGCAAUCCUGGCAGAACCAGGUGACUCUUUCACUCCGAAAGUCAUCGUUCCUGAUCCUCAGUCAUUGCUGCAAGAGCAGGAGUCCAGCGGCAAGAGACGGCUGCGGAAGCAGCCGUGA